UUGUUUUAAAAAAAUAAACAAACAAAAGCUUAACUGUAGAUUGUUGACACUGUAAAAAACAACAAAAAAAUAAAAAAACAUUUAAUAAAAUGUUUGGAAAAGAAGCAUUAAAGUUGAUAAAUGAAUUGGAAUUGUCAGAUGACAUUAAACCAUUUAAUGAAGCUGUUGUUCGUCAAGUAUUUGAUGAAAUGAAAAUACUUUAUGAUGCCAAUUUAGAAGAUGUAAAUGCAACUGUCAAUGAGACUGGAGUAUCACGUUAUAUGUCAGUGCAAUUUCGACAUACUGCAUUGAAUCGUAACAAACGUUGUUUAUUAACAUAUGUAUAUAAUAGAAUGCAAAGAUUACGACAAAUGCGUUGGGAAUUUGGUAGUAUUUUACCACCAGAAGUUAGCUCAAAUAUGAUGCCACUUGAGAGUCAAUGGUUUCAAGCUUACAGUAAAUCACUUGCAACGUAUAUGAGAUCAAUUGGUGAUCAAGGUGGUUUAAAUUUAACAAAUGACAUGGUUCCACCAAAGGUCAUGCGUAUAGAGGUCAAAUGCUUGAUUGAUUAUGGAAAAUUUGAACUAGAGAAUGGACAAGUUGUCAUGCUGAGAAAAGACACUCAUCAUUUGUUACCAAGAGCUGCGGCUGAACCUCUUGUUAGACAAGGUAUCCUUCAACACAUUCACUCAUGACACUUUCUCAUAAAUAUUAAAUUAAAUUUAUUAAAAU